AUGGCCCCGUCGCCGCCUCUACGCGACCCCGUAGCCGACCCUAGCGGCCCCGUCGUCACCCGGCUCCCUGACUCCCUUCGCUUAGUCAGAAAUCACUUCCUCUCAGUUUGCCCCACCCCACUCACCGUUGACCUCCUUGAGGAGCACCUCCUAGCAGCAAAGAAGAGCAUAGUCGCUGUAGGAGCCUCUCGUGGUGACCCUCGCACCCCCGUCUUUGAGGGGUGUUCCCCUUCCCCCCUCUUGCCCUCUGUUGCUUCUGCUACUGCGGCCGACCUCGUUGGUUUCGAGUCGGUCGGCGCUGUGUCUGCCCUUAGCGGGAGACGCCGCACCGGCAUGGGCAAGGGGGGCAAAGGCGCUGGAGGGGCUGGCGGGGGCGUUGGAGGUGGUGGUGGAGGCAGUGGAGGGGGUGGGGGUGGUGGUGGGAGUGGUGGCGGGGGUGGCGGUGUUGGUGGCAGCAGUGGAGGCGGAGGAGGCGGCGGCGGUGGCGGAGGGAGCGGAGGCGGCGGAGGUGGCGGAGGCGGCGGAGGUGGCGGAGGCGGCGGAGGUGGCGGAGGCGGCGGCGGCAGCGGUGGAGCUGGUCGCGGCUCUUCGCAGAGGAGUGGGUCCGAUGGUGGUCCACGCCAGCAGCAGCAGCGCAGUCGUGAGACCCUGUCCCCUCAGCAGCUUCGUGAGUGGUACGCUGCGCGUCAGCCGGGUGGGGGUACUGGUCCCUGCACCUACGUCCUUCGUACCGGCAAUCGCGCUGGUAAGCAGUGCGGGGGCCCGCACUCCACCCAUCGCUGCUUCGGCCGACUGACGGACGCGUGGCGCCACCACUUCCUUGAGGCCUCUGAGAUCACUCGCUGGGGAGAGCUGUGUAGGGCGGGGGUUGCUAUCUUUGAUCUUGAUUAUGAUGUUAUUCUUGCUGCCAUGCAUGCUGUGUCUGAUAGUGUUGAGGGUGACUGUUACCUGUGUGUUCCACCUGACCCGGGCAUUGAGGCUGCUGCUCUAGGUGCUGGUGAGGCUGUUGCACUAGGUGCUAGUGCGUCUACUGCCCCAGGUGCUAGUGAGUCUGCGCUCUCAGAUACUACGUCGGCUCAGGCCGUACACAUCUUCACCCUUGACUCGGGUGCUUCCCGCUCCUUCUUUCGAGACCGCACCACGCUUACGCCGCUUAGUCGGCCGGUUGCGGUCUCCCUGGCGGACCCCUCUGGGGGUCCUGUCCUUGCUAGCUUCUCCACUGUCUUACCGUGCCCGGCAGCCCCCUCUGGCACACUGUCAGGUCUCUACCUCCCCUCGUUCUCUACGAACUUGGUGAGUGGAGCUGAUCUACAAGAUAAGGGGGUUGACCUCCUCACUCCCGCGAGUCAGCGGGUGACCCACUGCACGUGUGCUCGGACAGGCCGACACUUGGCCACGUUCACCCGUCGGCCGGGGUCGAGCCUGUACACACUUACUACUGAGUCUCCUCCGGCUGCUGAGUCUGGCCAGGUAGCUGCGUCGAGUCAGGUGUUUGCUGCAGCGUCCAGGUCUGGUCCUGAGUCUGCCCCCUGCUCGUGUCGUCUCCAGUCCCACCAGACUCUCCUUUGGCACCACCGCCUUGGUCAUCCCUCCCUACCUUGUCUCCGAGGCAUGGCCUCCCGUGUCAUUGUUUCUGGUCUCCCCCGGUCUCUCCCUCCCCUACCUCCGGGGCCUGCCCCUACCUGCGUCCCCUGCGUCGAGGGGCGACAGCGCGCCGCCCCUCAAUCCUCCGAGUUUCCUCCGACAGAGGCUCCGUUGCAGACUCUUCACAUGGACGUGUGGGGCCCCGCCCACGUCCGUGGCCAGGGGCACGAGCGUUACUUCCUGUUGGUGGUUGACGACUACUCGCGUUACACCACUGUCUUCUCCUUGCGCAGCAAGGGUGACGUCACUGAGGUGUUGAUCGACUGGAUCCGCGCAGCUCGUCUCCAGCUCCGAGAGAGUUUCGGCUCGGACUUUCCUGUUCUGCGUCUGCACUCUUACAAAGGCGGGGAGAUUUCCUCUGCCCGUCUGGGAGCCUUCUGUCGAGCACAGGGCAUCCGCCAGACCUUCACGCUUCCGGCCUCUCCACAGCAAAAUCGGAUUGCUGGGCACCGCAUUGGCAUGGUCAUGGACGUCGCUUGCAUGUCCAUGAUCCAUGCGGCUGCUCCCCAUUUUCUGUGGCCGUUUGCGGUUCAGUACGCAGCGCAUCAGCUCAACCUUCAGCCCCGGGUCUCCUUGCUAGAGACCUCCCCCACCCUGCGGUGGACGGGGAAGGUUGGCGAUGCGUCUGCGUUUCGGGUCUGGGGAUCUCGGGCGUUUGUCCGCGACUUGUCUGCGGACAAGCUGUCCCCCCGUGCUGUUCCCUGCGUCUUCCUUGGCUUCCCCCCUGACGCGCCUGGGUGGCAGUUUUACCACCCCACCUCGCGCCGUGUUCUGUCCUCCCAGGACGUCACCUUUGACGAGUCGGUGCCUUACUACCGUUUCUUCCCCUACCGCACUGCGCCCCUCCCCCCGCCGCCGCUCUUCCUUGGCACACACCAGAUGGCACUGCGUCCUUCCAUUGCUCCUCUGCGUGUCCCGUUGCCGUCUCCUCCAGAGUCCUCUCUUCCUGUCCUUGCUGACCCGGAGUCUGACUCUCUUCGUGCUGCCAGUCCUACUGACACGCGUCUCCUGGCUACUGUUGUCACUGACCCUUCCUUUGAGUCCACUGUUGCGUCUGCCUUCGUUGCUGAGCUUGUCGACUUUGCUGCUCGCUGUCGUCUAGACUACGCUAAAAUAUAG